UGUGGUAAUCCGCUCGCGCUCCAGUAGGAGAGCGGAAGCAAACAUUUCCCGCCAAGGAGAAAAGCUGGGGAGCUAGCCUGGAUUUCGUUCCGAAAUGGCCGAUAUAUUAGAGGGCCCCCGCGUUCGUGUAACUGCAAGUCAGUUGGCGCAGUACGUUGGAAAGCCUGUCUGUUUCGUGGGACGUCUUGAAAAGAUCCAUCAAUCUGGGAAAUUCUUCUUUCUAUCUGAUGGAGAAGGAAAAAAUGCAGUGAUUGAGCUGAAUUCACCUCUUGAAGAAGAGAUCUCUGGUGUUAUUGAAGUAGUAGGAAGAGUUACAAAUCAGUUAAAUAUCAUGUGUUCAUCAUAUAUCCAAUUCAAAGAAGAUAAAAACAUGUUUGAUCUUUCACUGUACAAUGAGGCUCUAAAAAUUAUCCAUGAAUUUCCUGAAUACUACCCUUUCAGUACUAAUGUAUGACUGAUGCUCAUCUUGAUAGCAUGAAAUCAUUUUAUAAUGUUUAUUGAACAAAACUAUGAAGAACAUCGUGAGGAACAACUUUUCUAAAAAUGAAGUUUAGAAUAAUCUGUUAUGGCUACCAUAUGGUACAAGCUUUUGGAUUUCAUAAUUGUUUUCCUAUCAAUGGAUUUCAGUGAUUAUAAUCUGAAUGGACAAUAACCUGUCUGAUGUAAACACUUUGAGAUGAUCUUAUGUGCAUGAAAAAUACUCAGAGGUUAAAAGAAGUUUCACUGAGCAGAUCAUACUUUUACUACAAUAAAGAUAAUUAUGGUUUUUAUCAGGCUCAGCCUGACCUGAGUGUGCCAGACUUGGAAAGAAUGGCAGAGUUCCUUAUCUCCUAUCAUAUGAGUAUGUAUCUGUCUAAACAGAAUGACACAAUUAUGGAAAUGUGCACAUUAUGUUUAUCAAAGCCUGAAAUACUUCGGCUAUUUUUGAUAUGUUAAUGAGGAAUAUGUUACCUGAUUUGAUUUACCAUAUGCCUAGCCUACAAUUCUCUAUAUAACAACCUGUUACAAUCUGUUUUGAGUUGGUUUCCUUUCCAACAUUAAUAAAUCCACUAGAUGUGACUGGUGUCUUGUACUUAAAA